AGAUUUAUUGGCCCCCAAGGAGCGAGAAACAAGCCACAGGGCCGUCAAUGCGCAUGCGUCUCUCAGGACAUCUCCGGACAGCCCCCAACCUGAUGAUACAAAAUGGCCGCCGGGAUGUAUAUGGCGCUGACGAUUCGCUGAAAAUAGGCGCGGCAUUGAGAUUUCCCGAGCGAAAUCUCGCGAGAAUUCCGAGUCGGAGCUCUCGCGGGACUUAGCUAACUAGGUCUCGCAGGCGCGGGCGCGCGUUAGUCUUGUGUAUCGCGCGCGGCUCUGCAAUGGCGGCGGCUCUGAUGGCGAGGAGGCAGCUGUGGAGAGCGGCCCUGCUGGGGCCCCGCCCGGUGCCGGGUGCCGAGCGCAGGACCCUGACAUCACACACCCCCAUUCCUCCUCCCGCGAAGUACGGGGGGCGUCACACCGUGACCAUGAUCCCGGGAGAUGGCAUCGGGCCGGAGCUGAUGCUGCACGUGAAGGAGGUGUUCAGGCAGACCUGUGUCCCAGUGGACUUCGAGGAGGUCCGGGUGAGCUCAGACGCGGUGGAGGACGACAUUCAGAACGCGAUCAUGGCCAUCCGGCGAAACCGCGUCGCCCUGAAGGGAAACAUUGAGACCAACCACAACCUGCCGCCGUUCUACAAAUCCCGAAACAAUGUCCUGCGUACCAGCCUGGAUCUCUACGCCAACGUGAUCCAUUGCCAGAGCCUCCCGCGGGUGAUGACGCGGCACCGCGACAUCGACAUCCUCAUCGUCCGUGAGAACACGGAGGGCGAGUACAGCAGCCUGGAGCACGAGAGCGUCUCCGGCGUGGUGGAGUGCCUGAAGAUCAUCACCAGGGCGCGGUCGCUGCGCAUCGCCGACUACGCCUUCCGGCUGGCCCGCGAGACGGGGCGCGCCAAGGUCACCGCCGUGCACAAGGCCAACAUCAUGAAGCUGGGUGAUGGGCUCUUCCUGCAGUGCUGCCGGGAGGUGGCGGGCGGCUACCCGGAGAUCACCUUCGACAGCAUGAUCGUGGACAACACCACCAUGCAGCUGGUGUCCCGCCCCCAGCAGUUUGACGUCAUGGUGAUGCCCAAUCUCUAUGGGAACAUCGUGAACAACGUGUGUGCGGGGCUGGUCGGGGGCCCGGGGCUCGUGCCCGGCGCCAACUAUGGGAGAGAUUUUGCUGUCUUCGAGACCGCCACACGGAACACGGGGAAGAGCAUCGCCCACAAGAACAUCGCCAACCCCACGGCCACCCUGCUGGCCGCCUGCAUGAUGCUGGAUCAUCUCCGGCUGCAUUCCUUCGCCACCACCAUCCGCCAGGCCGUGCUGGCCUCCCUGGACGACCAGGCGACCCACACGCCGGACAUCGGGGGCCAGGGCACCACAUCGGGGGCUGUCCAGUCCAUCCUGCACCACGUCCGCACAGCGACCGGCUGGAGCCAGUGCAGCUAGGCCAUGGGGAGCCGGACGCCUGGGUCCCUCCCCGCCUGGAGCGGGCGGUGAGGGGAGGACCCCACUCUUAGCCAAGGUGAAGGGGCUGUGCAGGCCGGUGCCCCACAGCCGGGCAAUCCAUGGGGCGCUGCCCAUAGCCCCCCGUCCAUGUCGCUGCUGCUGUGUGUGUGUCUGUUGCCGUGGGGCCAGGCCUCCCCACGAGCAAUAAAUGUCAGUGCAACAU